AGUGGGCCUGCCUGUCAGGCUGAUGCUGAAGGGGCGGGACAGGUGUGAGGCGAAGUGAGAGGGAAAGAGUAGCGCUAGUUAGGCUGGCACUAGUUUCUCCUCAGCCUACGUGUCGCCAGGUCGCGGGACUACUUCUCGUGACAGAGCGGUUUGUGUGAGUUUUUCUGUUCGUCUGUCGGCGGCGUUGGUGAACCAUGGGGAGACGCGACGGCCGGCAAGCAGCGCCGGAAUAUCCACAUCCAUUUACUCACCAGCUGAGGCUCAGCAGCUCCCAGAGAAUACGGGGCAUCAUCCUGGGCGUUGUACUUGUCCCGCUCCGCAUCACCCUGGCCGCGCUCUUCUUCCUCAUCAUGUGGCCUCUGGCCCGUCUGCGAUUGGCCGGCCUGUCCGAGGAAGAACGUUCCCGGCCCGUCACAGGCUGGCGGCGCUGGCUGUUCCACCCAAUCAUCUGGCUGCUGAGCCGAGCCGUGUUCUUCUCCCUGGGCUUCCUGUGCGUAAAGGUAAAAGGUCGGCGGGCGGACCUGAAGGAGGCGCCGGUGUUGGUGGUGGCACCCCACAGCGGGUUCCUGGACAUGCUGGUUCUGUGUCCGACCCAGCUGGCGACGGUGGUGUCCCGGUCCGAGAACACAAGCCUGCCAGUUAUCGGAGCUCUUUUGGAGUUUAACCAGUCGGUGCUUGUGAGCAGGAAGGAUCCAGAGUCGAGGAAGAAGGCAAUCGCUCAGAUCACAGAGAGGCUGACCUCCAAUGGCUACUGGCCUCAGAUGCUGAUGUUUCCCGAAGGAACCACAACUAAUGGCAGUGCCCUCAUCAAAUUCAAGCCUGGUGCCUUCCUUGCUGGAGUCCCCGUCCAGCCCGUUCUGUUGCACUACCCCAACAAACUGGAUACCGUUCGCUGGACUUACAAUGGAACAACCUGGAUUGAAGCGUUGUUGCACACAACGUCACAGUUUUACACUCACAUGACUGUCGAGUACCUGCCAGUUUAUACGCCUUCGCAGGAAGAGAAGGAUGAUCCCAACCUGUAUGCUGACAAUGUCCAGAAACUCAUGGCCAAGGCACUUGGGGUCCCAGCCACUGACUACGUGAUGGAGGGCCGGGUCCCAGUCAGUAAAGUAGGGGGUCUCUCCUUACCCCUCAAGUCCCCCGCCAGGGACACACUUUCUCUGCUGCACAAAUAUGGCCUAGGAGCAUCAGAGGUGGAGGCUGCGUUGACCAGAAUGAUUGACAGGUGUCAGUCAGGCGGUCAGGAAUGGAAGGCCAGUGCAGAGGAACUGGUGUCUAUUCUUGGACUGCCUGAGAAACAGAUGGCCAUCGCGAUCUGUGGCCUCUUCUCCAAGGACGACACUGUUGACCUCAGACAGAUCUAUGUGAGUGUUGCUGCGGUCUCUGGUUUUGUCAGUUUUAAGUCGCUCCUUGGCACCGCUUUCACUCUGUUUGACGGAGAGGGAAAAGGCAGUCUGGCUGCAGUGGAGUUUUCAGACCUCAUGGGGGCGCUGCUAGGUGUACCUCAAUACCACACUGCUGAGCUCUACAGUGAGGCCUCACAUAAAGGCCUGCCUACUGAGGAGGAUCUGCUCAGAGUGCUGACAACCCACCCGACCUAUCAGAGAGUGGUAAACGAAUACCUGCAGCCCGAGGAGGCGGGCUCUCAACUGUCAUACCUGGGCAAUGGGAAGGCUGUUAAUAACAACGGGAAAAUGCAAAACUGCAACAGGACCCUCUCCACCUUUAAGAAGGCUGACUAAGGAUCGUGUGUGGUCAGUCUGAAAGUUCCUCUCAUUUUGAUUGGAUGUCAGAUCGAACCAGAAGCCAAUUCAUGGACCUGUUUGGGACGAUUCCCCUGACUUUACAGGAUACACAGCUAAGUACACGAACAAGUCAACCACAAAAAAAAAACAUCGCUGUACUUUUCAUCUACAAGUGCAAUACGUCCACCAAGGUAAUGGACAAAGAAUGCUGCUUUAACACUUACAUGCCAGUCAAAUGUCUGUUAGCCAAUGACUCUGAUCGACAAAGGAAGUGUGUUUAUUUUAAGUCUUAUCUGCUAAUGUAACAACAACUUUAUAACCAAAUAAGAAGGGUAAACUGUUGCAAGAUGCACCCCAAAAAGCUGAUGCCAAUAUAGCCCCUGCAGGUUUGGAGAUUGUUUAUAUUUGGUUGUUGUUAUUUUUUUUUUCUUUUUAAAUCCUUGGAAAGGAAUCUAAUUUACCUAACUGUGUUCCCCCAGACGCAAUGAACGUAUUGCCAUUUGAAGCCAUAACAUGUUUUUAUAUUUAUAGACCCCUCCGUUUGCUAUGUUGUAACGAUUUAUAAAAGGGACCUUUAUGUGGGAGGGACAUAAACUUUGUGAAUGAAAAGCUUUUUUUAAUGUGUAUGGGUAAUUAUCAACAUUUUUUGUAUAAAUGUAUUUUAUGAUAAAUGUAUUAAA